AAAAAAACAGGAAUUAAAAGUUGCAAAAUAAUUAAAAUGAUGUUUAUCUUUAAAGUUAGAGUCAUGCAAUCAAUGCAUAGUGUUGGACAUGUCUUUGUGCAUCGAUAGAGCACAAGAUAACAUAGUAAUCGAUAAAAGUGACAUUAACAAAUGAGACAAAAAGACAAUUGAAAGUUUUCAUAAAAUUUAAUUAACGGUACAAGGGAAAGUUCUUAAUAAAUCUUUACUUUUUUAAGUGAUUAAGCAUAUAAACAUGGAUAUAGUGACCACAUAUAAAGUCUUUCUAGUCAAAACAUUAAAGGAAAAAAGCUAUUUUUGGGCCAGAAAUUUAUUUUUCAUCGUUUUCCCAUUAUUCUUCAUCUUAAUUUAUCUUUUCUCGGAUACGACGUCAUUAAACCACAAUUCGUCACUGACCAGAACUUAUGUUCCCAUAAACGAAGAUGAGCUCAUUGCGAAUAUACCACAAGCUAUUGACGACAAAAUAUAUUUUGUACCAAAUGAUACGUAUUAUAGAGAACUGAUGGAACGAUUUCGCCUUAAAAUUGAGGCACAAGAUGAAAGAAUCACUGGAUUUAAGUCUGAAGAUGACAUUUGGAACCAUAUCGAGGAUCUGGGAUCUCGUUCAUUCAUAGUUGUAUUUCAUGGCAAUGGUUCUGUGCUGGAUUAUACAAUAAAGUCAAAAAGCAACAAGUUCCUAACUGAUCGACAAUAUUCAAAGGACUUGUCAUCCAUAACAUCAAAAGUUACAAACGAGUACGUAAAUUAUGGAUUCUUGGGCAUUCAAUAUGCACUAGAUUCAACAUUUUACGAACUUCUUGCUCAAUCUGGAAAUAUUUUACCUUAUGUCGUUCAGUUUGAAAGAAUUCCAUCGAUUCCACAAGAUCCAGUGGCAUCAAAAAUUGACAGUUUGGGAAUAUUUUUCAUUCUAUUUUCAUCGCUGACAUGCAUAGCAUUGAUAUUCACACGCAUUGUUGAAGAGAAGGCAUGCGGAUUUCGAGAACAAUUAAAAAAUGCUACACCAUACAGCUCUUUAAAUAACGUUGCUCUGUUUUCCGUCAAUCAUCUACAGAUCUUUAUGCUUUUCUUCAUCUGUUUAGUCAUCACAUAUUUUAAAGGCAUUUGGAUCAACAUAAACUUCUUUUAUCCAGUAUUAUUAAUGUUUAUUUACAUAACAUCGAUCGUCUCAUUCACAUUCUUAGUCAGCGCAUUCUUUGAGUCAAUUGCAUUUUCAACGGUCGGUGCUGUUUUUUGGUAUUUUGUACCAUUCUUCUGUUUCCAAUUAGCAACAGUUCAGUGGAAGAAGAUUUUAAUUAUGUUUCCUGUUAAUGCUUUUUAUCAAGGCAUUCUAAUAUUUCAUGAUUAUACAAAUUCUGGACAUUACUUCAGUCAUUCCAAUUUAGCACAGCUUCAUCAUCCAAAUGACGGCAUAUUUUCAAUGAUUGAUGUGUCUUUCUGGCUUAUUAUUUCAUCAGCACUUUGUGUCUUUUUAUACUUUUACAUAUCAAACGUAUGUCCAGGACAGUAUGGCAUUCGUCAAAGUCCAUUUUUCAUUUUCCAAAAAUCAUAUUACGUACCAAACAAAAUUGAUGUCCAUAGCGAAGUUCAGGCACUAAAUUAUACUUCUAAUGGCUUUGAGAACUUUCAGCACUUGAAUCAAAAUGCUGUCGUUAGAAUUAGACAUUUGACAAAGACUUAUAAGACUUGGUGUGGAGAUUCAAAUACAGUCGUCAAGAAUUUAUCAAUGGACAUUUAUAAGAACCAAAUAACUGUUCUUUUGGGACAUAACGGAGCAGGUAAAACAUCAACAAUGUGCAUGCUGACAGGAUUAAUUCCCAAAACAGGUGGACAAAUUUAUGUUAAUAACAUAGACAAUAUUCAGUUCUAUCGAUCAAAAAUUGGAUACUGUCCACAACAUAAUAUCAGCUUACCAUAUCUGACUUGUAAGGAACAUUUAGAAUUUUUCGGUCAACUUAGAGGACUUUCAAGACAAAAUGCUGAGAUAGAAGCUUCAAAUAUCUUAAAGAAAGUUAAUUUAUCCACAAAGGCUAAUGAAGUCGCUAAAAGGUUGUCUGGCGGCAUGCUAAGAAAAUUAAAUUUAGCAAAUGCCAUUAUUGGUGAUACUAAACUACUUAUACUAGACGAAAUUUCAAGUGGAUUAGAUCCAGAAGCUAGAAGAGAUAUCUGGAAUAUCUUAUUAAAACUCAAAAAGGACCAUACUAUCUUUAUAUCCACACAUUUUAUGGAAGAAGCUGAUGUGCUAUCCGAUAAAAUCGCGAUAAUGGAAAAUGGAGAGUUAAUUGCCUACGGAACGAGCAUGUUUUUAAAACAUUAUUUCGGAAGUGGAUAUACUUUAAAGCUGCUUAAAAACAUGGGCGAGAAUAAAUUUGACAGAACUAGUGUGCACAACACGAUAAAAAGACAUAUUCCUUCGGCUGAACAAAAGAGCAGUGUAGAGCCACUUUAUUGUAUGACAUUACCGUACAAGGAUAAACAUAAAUAUGGAGAAAUGCUUCAAGAAUUAGAAGUUAACAAGUCGUUGUACGGAAUUGAGUCUUUGUCUAUAACAAAUACGACACUUGAAGAAGUUUUCCUUAAUUCAGCAUCAGGUGGAAAUACAAAAAUCGAUGGAAGGGGUGAUGAAUCGGACGAGACUGACAAUUCUUAUCAAGUGCUGAAUAUUGAUGAUUUAUACAAGGAUAUCAACAGACGAUUAAUAUUUUUCCGUCAGUUUCAAGCUAUAUUUUAUAAGAAAUUUAUUUACUGGAUGCGUAAUUUACCAUUUUUCUGUACAAUGGUUGCAAUUCCAAUCAUUAUGACUGGUCUGUGCUUUGUCCUUAAUACAUAUCUUGCAGAUAAGACUCACGUCGCUUUGAAACUUCAAUUUGAAGACAUUAAUGAGCCAUUAAUGCUUGUGAACUUUAAAGAGAAUUUCAAGAGUCAAGAAUUGAGACAAAUUGAGGAAAUUAUUGGACAUUUUAGUGAGCAACAGAAGAUUAAAGUUGCUAUACUUAGAGACAAGAAUAUCGAACAAGAGAUACUAGAAGUCGCUGACGGAAACGUCCUUAAAUAUUAUGAUAAUCUUAUUGGAGCAGUCAACUUUGAAUUGAAUGCUGAAAAUAACCAAAUCCUUGCUAAAAUUUAUUAUUCGCAAAAUCUCAUUCAUUCUGUAUCCUUAAUGCUCAAUUUUGUAGAUAAUGUUAUGUUGAAGCAUAAAUAUCCAAAAUAUUCAAUCGAAAUUACAAAUAGUCCAUUGAACCGACAAGAUGAGAACUUGAAUUAUAUUCAGAAUCUUUAUACAGAAUUUGUGGCGAUUGGAUUAAUGCUCUACAUGAUAAUGUAUCUUCCGUUUACAUUUAAGGAAAAGAUAAGUGGAUUUAAGAGCCUUCAAAAUAUUCCAAGUGUGAUUUAUUGGACUGCUUUAUUCUUGAGUGACUUACUUGUUCAUGCUAUCGUCGUAUUAAUUAUAAUGAUGGUGACUACUUAUGAUCGUGAAGGCCUAGCUUUUAGUGGCAAUGAAUUGGAAUCAAUUGCUUUCUUAUUCUUCAUAUAUGGUGCAACAUGCUUAGUAAUUGUCUACAUAACAAGUCAAUGUUUUAGCAGUUUAAGUAGUUCCAUAAUGUUUUUAAAUUAUCUGCAAAUAUUUUCACUGUUUGGAAUCAUCAUAAUGUCAAAUAGCAAGGAAUCGAUGAAGGAAUAUGAUUCGAUGAUAUCAAUGUUUCAUAUACUGCCUGACUUUGCCCUUAAGCAUUCAUUAAAAGUGAUUCAUGAACACCACAAAUUCGAGAGGAAUCAUGAAAAAGUUGGAAAUACAAAAGACUCGGAUAUCUACAUAAAUAGCCUUUAUGAUUAUCAAGACAUUUUUAACCUUACUCAAUUUUAUGUCGCAAAUUUCAUUGUUUUUAUUGCUUCCUUCCUCUUCCUGUUUUACUUUAUUGAAAAUCAGCAAUUGAUGGAACAAUUUGGAUAUUUCUGUUCACGUGUGCACAUGUGUGUUUGCAUCGAAAAGGACAAGAAUCAAAAGGCAAUCGAAAAUAUUCCCAUGGAUGAAAUUGAGGAUCCCGAUGUGAGAUGUGAGAAAAAUAGCGUGUGUGAAAUUAUCAGAGAAGAAAAGUUGGAACAAGAUGCUGUGGUUGUUUCACAGCUUGAAAAAGUUUAUGGUGGAAAUUUUAAGGCUGUACAGGAUGUUAGUUUUACUGUUAAGAAAGGAGAGUGCUUUGGAUUGCUUGGAAUGAAUGGUGCUGGAAAAACAACAGCAUUCGAAUUGUUGACUUUAAAUCGCCCAAAAACAAGCGGUAGGACUUUCAUAAAUGGAAUAGAUGCAGACAAAGACAGUUUUAUGUAUCGACACAUGUUCGGAUAUUGUCCACAAGUUGAUGCUUUAUGUGACUACAUGACAUCGAGAGAAAUUUUGAAAUACAUGCUUAUGAUCAAUGGAUACAGUCGCUAUGAUCUUGAUCUGCAAGUUGAAAAGUGGCUAAGAAAGGUUGAUAUUGAAAAAUAUCGUGAUAAAAGAAUUAGCAGUUACAGUGGAGGAACUAAACGGAAAUUAAAUACAGUCAUGGCAAUGAUCGCUGAUCCUUAUGUUACUUUCUUGGAUGAACCAACAACUGGAGUCGAUCCAAAGUCAAGACGUUUUGUUUGGAGCUGCAUUAAAUCUAUUCAAAAUCAACAGAGAACACUUGUGUUAUGCUCUCAUUCUAUGGAUGAAUGUGAAGUUUUAUGUAAUAGACUAGGAAUCAUGAAGAAUGGAGAAUUAAAGUGCAUUGGAUAUAUCCAAAAAUUGAAGGAAAAGUAUGGAAAAGGAUUUUCAUUGAUGAUAAAAAUGAAACCAAAUGUCCCGCAAGAAAAUGACAAGAAUCGUGAGCACGUACAAGAUUUAACAGACUCAUCUCCUUCAAUAGUCGAGAGUGUUACUGACAUCAAGCUUCAACUAAACUCUCUCUUUACUUGUGAUCUCAAGGAUGAGCAUGAAGGAGUACUUCAAUAUUUCAUCCACGCAAAGAGCAUAAGCUGGGCCAAAGUAUUUCAAGAUCUGCUCGAAUUCUCAAAUGACCAUGAGAAUGCAAUCGAUAGCUUUGCUAUAAACGAGACAACAUUAGAAGAUAUAUUCCAGCAGUUUAGAUGUGAUCCGAGUGCAUGACGAUUCUAAAAUGGUUGUUACACAUUUUAUAGACUGGUUACCGCUUGCAUGUAUUCAUGUUCCUCUAUAUCUAGCUUUACAAAAAAAAAUAACAAAAAGAGUUUAUACAAGUCAUUAAUUAAGUUAAAUCACAUUCCAUGCACCAAUUUUGUCCAUUUAUAUCCUUAGUCAUCGCAUCGUACUAUUCAUUAUCCAUAAGUCCACUCAUAUCCAUUAAUCUUUUUUUAAAAAUUCAAGUAGGUAUAUCUUUAGAUGUUUUAGAUUUUACAGCA